AUGAGCGUCCAUAUUGUAGUUUUUCUGAUAAAUAAAACGACAUUUGUGCAUUCAUGUUCAGAAUCAAUUAUUGGUGAAAAACUGUCGAAGCGCGGUGCGACAUCGGCGAGAAUACAAAUGUAA